CGUGAUUUAAGAAAAAAUGGCUAUUCCAGCUUUGAUCAGUUUAAAUCAUCUCAACAUUGAGGUUAUUAAAGAUCUUAUUACCAAGAGUGAUGAUGAAAUUAGAGCAACUGCUCUUAACAAUCCCAAGGCCGGUGAAGUUUAUGUCGUCCAAGUGAAUAAUGGGAAAGAUGAUUGGCGAGCAGAUGGGUAUAGGUGGAAGCAAAAUGGACGCAGUAAAAUUCCUCGUGGUUUACCACUGUACACAAAACUCCACUUUGCUACAGUUACACCAACAGGAACUUCAUGUGUUUUUCAGAAAUUUGUAUACCGUGAUCUAAGUCGGACAGAUGUUGUUGUUGUCCAUUAUAUAGGAAACCAUGAACUUGCAAUCUUAAUGCCUCAUGGAAAUUGCAGAAAAUCAAUAAGUUUUUUACCAACAGCUCCAUCUUUGCGAGAUGCAAUUAUUGAUUCUGACAACUACAAGGAUCUUCUUGUUGAUACCAAGCAUAACCAGAUCCAAUUUCAGCCUAGAAACUCAAGACAGUUGAAGUAUGUGCGUAGUGUCAAAGCAGAAUGUACUAAACUAGGCACUGAAUCUUUUUUAACAAUUCAUGAACUGGCAUAUAUGAUACCAGGUUUUGUCUGGUCCAUAUCCACAUAUCCAGACUUGUCAGUGUUGUUUGGAAUGCAAAAUUUAAUCGAUGAACUUGUGAUGUGCCCUCAAAUUUUCUUUUCAUAUGACACAACAUUUAAUUUAGGAGACUUUUAUUUGUCAAUUUUAGUUGCUCAAAUGAGUUGUUUUAAUGAGAACCCAUGUAUGCCUAUAGCAUUUGUUUUACAUGAUAGGAAGUUAGAUAAUGUUCAUAAACAUUUCUUUAAAACAUUUAAAAGUAAACUACCAAUUUUUAAUCAGGUUGUUAUUGUGACUGAUGGUGAGAGUGGAAUGAGUAAGGCUUUUAAAAAAGUCUUACCAAAAUGGAAUCUGGUAUCUUGUUCCAAUCACAUAAUAUCUGAUGUUGAUUUUUGGCUAAAAAAACACAAUGCUUGUCAUGAAGAAAUAAUAAUCUAUAAAUCUCAAAUGCAGGAACUUCUCAGAUGUGAAAGUGAAUUACAUCUAAAAGUUAAAAUUGAUACAUUAAGGCUUUCUUGGAGUGAGGCAUUCUCAGUGUAUUUUUCAGACUACUUGUAUUCACGUAUUUUAAUAGCUUAUAUUGGUCAUCUCAGAUCUGUUGGUUUAAUGGAUAAUAUAGUUACAAAUAAUGUAUCUGAAUCAUUAAAUGCAGUUAUAAAAAAGUUUCAAGAAUGGAAAGAAGCGCCUGUUGAUUCUAUGAAUGUUGCAAUGCAUUGCCUUCAGACCUUUUAUUUGACAGAAAUUAAGCGGAGUUGUAGUGGCUUUGGACCCUACACUCUCUUUGACAGCAGUCUCCUAAUCAAUAACACAGACGAUAUACCAAAAGUAGAUAGUCCAGAACUUGUUAUUGCAGAGCUGCAAGCAGCUGCAAAUAUACCAAUGCAGCAAUGCAUACCUCCAUCUAUACGAGUGCUUUCUAACACGUUUAAUGUUGUUCAUAUUCCAAACCUAAAGGUUUUUACAGUCUCUGCACCUGAUGGAAAUGCGCAUGUUGUGAAGUUGUAUCCAAAGGAAAACUGCACAUGUCCUUCAUCAACAAUAUGUUGUCACAUACUAGCUGUUAAACGCAGCAUUGGAAUUGAAUGUGGUGAACGCAAAAUCAUAAAUUUGACCAAAUUGCGGCGUAACUCACGUAAAAAAGGUGACAAGAAAUCAGGCUGUAAGAAGCCAAGAAAAGGUGAUAUAAGUUUUAUCCCUGCACCAGAUGCAACUGUCAAUCUUGACAUAAAAGUUUUGAAUGAUUUGAGCAUGAAUCAAAGUGUUGAUUCAGCAUCUCAAACUUCCCAUAUUGAUAACCUUUUGUCUGCAGCAAGUUCAAGUACAGAGAUUCUGUUACCUCAACAUGAAAUUUCUACCUCGCUCUUCUACCUUGCAUCAUAAUUUUGGUUUAGUGUGCCUACUGUUGAAAUAUGGUUUAAAUUUAGUAAAUUAUCGAGUUUUGAUAUUUACUUUAUUGAUCAUAAGGUAACAGUUUAUGACAUGAAAUCCUAUUCAAACAAUUAAGCCAAGAGUUACUUUGUUUACUGGUAUUAUUAAAAAAAGGUUAGUUAUAA